AGAAGAAGAAGAAAAGAAAAGAAAAAGGGGGCGGGGCAGAGAAAUUAAAAAAAAAAAAAAAGAGAGAGAGAGAGAAGUUGACCCAGAAAUGCAUUUCGGGCUGAGCAGAAAGUUUUCAGAGAAGCUGGCUAGACCACAGCUGUGUCAUAGAGACCAUGGCUUUGCCAUAGGCUCACGGUCAGAGGUGGAGGGGAAUUGUGAACAUUCUUAUGAAAAAAGUCAACGUGAAAGCCACGUGGUGAUGAGGGUUGGCCUCAUCCACCACUUCCUCUGCAUCUCCCUGGCACGCUGGGCUCAGUCACCACCCACUGCCAGCAGAAUCAGAGCGAUGCCUUCCGCACUCCCUGCCCUGCUCUGCCUCGGGCUGUGUCUGAGCCAGAGGAUCAGCACCCAGCAGCAGACUCUCCCGAAACCCUCCAUCUGGGCCAAGCCCAGUUUCAUGGUUCCAAAGGAAAAGCCGGCGACCAUCUGUUGCCAGGGAAAUUAUGGGGCUGUUGAAUACCAGCUGCAUUUUGAAGGACGCCUUUCUGCCAUGGAGAGACCAAAACCUCCUGAGCACAUUAACAAAGUCAAGUUUCACAUCCCGGCCAUGACAUCCCGCACGGCAGGGCGAUACAGCUGCUUCUAUCGGGUUGGGGAGCUCUGGUCAGAACCCAGCGACUCACUGGAUCUGGUGGUAACAGGAAUGUAUGACACACCCACCCUCUCGGUUCAUCCCGGACCGGAAGUGAUCUUGGGAGAGAAGGUGACCUUCUAUUGCCGUCUGGGGACUGCAACAAGCACCUUCUUUCUGCUCAAGGAGGGAAGAUCCAGCGUACGGCGCGGAUACGGGAAGGUCCAGGCAGAAUUCCCCAUGGGCUCUGUGACCACAUCCCACAGAGGGACCUACCGGUGUUUUGGCUCCUAUAACAACCAUGCAUGGUCUUUCCCCAGUGAGCCAGUGAAGCUCCUGAUCACAGGUGACACUGAGAACACCAGCCUUGCACCUACAGAUCCCACCUCUCCUGACUCUGGGGACACCUACCUUUUAACCACAGAGAUGGAACUCCAGAAAGAGCUUGCCCUCUGGGACCACACUGCCCAGAAUCUCCUUCGGGCGGGCCUGGCCUUCCUGGUCCUGGUGGCUGUGGUGUGGCUUCUGGUUGAAGACUGGCUCAGCAGGAAGAGGACCAGAGAGCCAGCCAGCAGAGCUUCCACCGGGCAUUGCAGGAGAAGCUUGAACACCAAGACUCUCUGAAGAGCAACCAAGAGGUGCAGCAGCUGCGGGUGGAACUGAAAGCUGGUGUUGAGCCUGUGCUGAACCCACAGAGGACAGAGUCACUGCAGGGAACAAGGGACAACGCCAUUCCAUUUGUCAGAGCAUCCCAGAUGACACAGGAGGUGGGAGAAACAAGCUAAAUUGCUUCAUUAUUUCUUUCCCGAGACGGAGUCGGGCUCUGUCGCCCAGGCUGGAGUGCAGUGGCGCGAUCUCAGCUCACUGAAACCUCCA